AUGUUCCCACUAGCCUGCAGCCCUCUCUGUUGGUGGGGUCGGCUCCAGCUGAGGGUCUGCCUGAGUCGGCCAGGGCUGCCCAGGCAGCGCCAGGAGCACAUGCACAUCCGAGUUGGAGACCGAGCUGAACUGAGCAGGGUCUUCACACGGAGCGACGUGGCUGCCUUCUCAGCAUUAACGGGGGACGUCAACCCUCUGCACAUCAAUGAAGACUUUGCAAAGCACACCAAGUUUGGGCAGCCCAUUGUGCAUGGGGUUUUGAUCACUGGAAUCAUCUCAGCGCUCCUGGGCACAAAGAUGCCAGGGCCUGGCUGUGUGUUUCUUUCCCAGGAAAUUAACUUUCCAGCACCUUUAUAUAUUGGAGAGGUUGUAUUAGCUUCUGCAGAAGUGAAAAAGCUGAAGCAAUUCCUCGCUGUCAUUGCAGUGACAUGCUAUGUAGUAGAAAGCCAAAAGACUGUUAUGGAAGGCCAGGUGAAAGUCAUGGUCCCAGGAGCCCUCAGACCCUGAAGGAGAAAGUGAACGACUGUCUUCUGAUGAAAGCCUGGGUGGUCUUCAACUUUGGAAGUUCUCUUCCAAGACAGCUGAGAUGUGCCACUGAGGUACAGUGCAGAAGUGAAUACACAGUGAUGACGGAAACAUCGGGCCCAGUGGCGCUGGCACUCUCCAGACAGGGGCUUUCUAAGACUGCAGUUUUGUGAUGUUUGAUUGCCACAGAGAGGAAUACUCAUGUUAAGCAAUUUCAGCCUAAUGUACUGGAAAAUUGUUUAACAGAUUUUUAUAAUAAUUGAUUAGAAACAUUUCCACCUCGGUGAAAUGCCCCUA